ACGGCAGUCACAGCAGUUUGACAGUUCGAAACACGUGUGGUGUGGAUAUUUGCGCUGCACCGCAGUGUGCAUAUAAAUAACACAGUUUUAAACAGUGUUUUGUAAUUUUUAGGUAUAAAUGUGAAUUAUAAAAGUAAAAUGAAUCCAAAGAAGAUCGCCAAGAACCCGUCUUUGGCCUAUACAAGCAACCCAGACUAUCGGAAACCACCGAAAAUCGCAAAUCCUUAUCUACAAUGUCUUGGAGCGCCGCACAUUGAUUCUUUCAACUAUAUGUUGCAAGAUGGGUUGCAAGCAGCGAUUGCGGAUUUGGUGCCCGUUGAAUUUGAACUCCCUAGCGGAGAACGGGUGAAAAUAACUAUUGACGAAGCUGGGUUUGCCAAACCCAGCGUUCCAAUGGAAGCAGUGGGCGUUAAAAACCAGAUACUACUGCCAACAGAGUGCAGACAGCGUGCUGCUACUUACAAAGGAGAUUUCAAAAUCAGGUUGACACUGAAAAUUGAUGAGAAGUCAAUCACAGUGGAUAGGUCUUUAGGAUCUCUACCUAUAAUGGUGAAGUCUAAAAUGUGUCACUUGGCGGAUUUGUCACCGGAGGAGCUGGUGCAGCACAAUGAACAUGCGGAUGAAUGGGGCGGAUACUUUAUUGUCAAGGGACAUGAACGGUUAGCCCGUAUGUUGUUGGUGACCAGACGAAACUAUCCCGUUGCUAUCAAACGUUCUGGAUGGAGGAUGAGAGGGAACUUGUUCUCAGACUACGGUGUCAUGGUCCGCUGUGUCACUUCAGAUCAAACUAGUACGAACAACGUACUUCACUUUCUAAACAACGGUACAUGUAAGCUGAUGUUCUCCUACCGUAAAAUGAUGUACUAUGCUCCUCUGCUGCUCAUCAUGAAAUGCCUGGUCGACUGGCCAGACCACUACAUAUACAGGCUGUUGCUACAUGGGAAGAAGAACGACCUGUAUUAUGUCAACUGCAUACAGAACAUGCUGAGGGAACUACACGAAGAGGGUCUACAUUCCUCCCAUGAAUGCCGUUCGUACCUCGGAAGGAUGUUCCGUCCCAAGCUUUACGAGUUACCUCCCUGGUCCACCGACUUGGAUGCAGCAGAUUUCCUCAUCAACCGAUGUGUCAUGAUCCAUCUGAAGGAUCAUAAGGAUAAAUUCAAUGCGCUGGUGUUCAUGGCACAGAAGUUAUAUGAUUUGGUUCAGAAUAAGUGUAAGGUGGAAGGUGCAGACGCUGUGAUGGUCCAGGAGUUGUUAGUAGGUGGUCACCUCUACCUUCAGAUCCUGAAGGAGAGGCUGCAGCAGAUCAUGACCAACUUGAGGAUACAAGUGCAAAGGAAAGCUAAAACUUCCAAGAAACUGGAUAUCGGUGUGCACGAAGUACAGCAGAUGCUCCGUAGCUGCGGUAACUUGGAGCAGAAGUUCGAAACGUUCCUGGCGACGGGCAACGCGCCCUCGAACAACGUCACGCUCGCCCAGUACAAGGGACUCACCAUAGUCGCUGAGAAUAUCAACCGUAUGCGAUACAUGUCGCAUUUCAAAUCGAUCCACCGCGGCUCAUUCUUCAUGGAGAUGCGUACGACGGAGGCGCGCCAGUUGUUGCCGGACGCGUGGGGCUUCGUGUGUCCGGUGCACACGCCGGACGGCGCGCCCUGCGGACUACUCAACCAUCUCACCAUGACUGCACAGGUGACACAGCACGCGGAUCCGAAGCAAAUAGCGGCAUUACCACAAGUGUUAGAACGGUGCGCGCUUAUAUUCACUUUCGUCCUGACGUGUAAUUGUUCGUGUUUGUAUCAGAUCUGCUCUCAAUACGCGGGCGUGUUCCUGUUCACGAGCGAGGCUCGCAUGAUGCGGCCCGUCAUCAACCUGUCGACCGGACAACUCGAGCUCAUCGGCACCAUGGAGCAACUCUAUCUAGACAUCGCCGUCACUCACAAUGAGAUCAUUAAAGGUAAAACAACCCACGUGGAGUUAUCCCAGACGGCGUUCCUCAGCAACCUGGCGCAGCUCGUUCCCAUGCCGGACUGCAACCAGUCGCCACGUAACAUGUACCAGUGCCAAAUGGGUAAGCAGACGAUGGGUACCCCGAUCCAUACAUGGCAGACCAACGCAGACACCAAGUUAUAUCGGUUGCAGACCCCGGCCACGCCACUGUUUAGAUCAACCCACUAUGAUAAUAUUGGACUCGACGACUACCCCUGCGGUACUAAUGCUAUUGUUGCUGUUAUUUCUUAUACGGGCUACGAUAUGGAAGACGCGAUGAUAAUAAACAAGUCAUCAUAUGAGCGCGGGUUCGCAGCCGGCUCAGUGUACAAAGCAGAUUUUAUAGAGCUCGCCCACCCUGCAUCAUACUUCUACAGAGACCCCAGCAAACCGGACCUGGCUGAACAUAUUGACGAGGAUGGGUUACCGGCUGUAGGGGCCAGGGUUAAACCUGAUGACCCGUUCUAUAGUUACUACGACGGUGAGAAAAGUAUUUUCGUAGUAAGCAAAUACCACGGCAAGGAAGAAGUGUUCGUGGACUCCGUCAGACUAUGCGGGGACUUCAGUUCUCGACCGCUGAAAAAGGCUUGCGUCAUGCUGCGGUUACAGCGUAACCCAACAGUAGGUGACAAAUUCGCUUCCCGGGCCGGUCAGAAAGGUAUCUGUUCUCAGAAGUGGGCAGCCGAGGAUCUUCCGUUCACGGAGUCAGGGUUGGUGCCUGAUAUCCUGUUCAACCCUCACGGGUUCCCUUCCAGAAUGACAAUCGCCAUGAUGAUCGAGUGUAUGGCUGGUAAAGCCGCUAGCAUACAUGGCCAUGUCCACGACGCAACACCAUUCCGUUUCAACGAAAAGGACACAGCUAUAAAUUACUUCGGCCGGUUAUUGGAAGCGUCCGGGUACAAUUACUAUGGCACUGAGAGGAUGUACAGCGGAGUGGAUGGGAGGGAGAUGGACGCCGAUAUAUUCUUCGGAGUGAUUCACUAUCAGAGGCUCAGGCAUAUGGUGUCUGAUAAGUGGCAGGUCCGUACAACGGGUGCCGUGGACGCGCUGACCCGCCAGCCGGUGAAGGGCCGGCGGCGCGGCGGUGGAGUCCGUCUCGGGGAGAUGGAGCGGGACGCACUCGCCUCGCAUGGCGCCGCAUUCUUACUGCAUGAUCGAUUGUUCCAUUGCUCGGAUAAGACUGAGGCGGUGCUAUGCUCAAAAUGCGGUACUCUAUUGGGUCCAAUAGUUGGCAAGAGCGAAACGAAUAAGGACACAUGUAGAUUGUGUGGGGAAGGCAACCUCGUCUCUAUUGCCAUACCAUACAUCUUCAAAUUCUUUGUAACACAGCUAGCUUGUGUUAAUAUUAAUGUUAAAAUCAAUUGUGGACAGCAAUUAGCUAUUACUGGGUAGUUUGUACUACUAAAUGUUCUUUAUAUGUAAGGAAAAGUGCUAAUAAAUAUGUAUAUUGUU